AUGCUCAUUUCUAACCAGAGCAGUGUGUCCGAGUUUCUCCUCCUGGGGCUCCCCAUCCGGCCAGAGCAGCAAGGCCUGUUCUUUGCUCUGUUCCUGGGCAUGUACCUGACCACGGUGCUGGGGAACCUGCUCAUCAUCCUGCUCAUCCGGCUGGACUCCCGCCUGCACACCCCCAUGUACUUCUUCCUCAGCCACCUGGCCCUCACUGAUGUCUCCUUUUCUUCUGUCACUGUCCCAAAGAUGCUGGUGAACAUGCACACUCAGGAUCAAUCCAUCCUGUAUGCAGGGUGUGUAACACAGAUGUACUUUUUCAUAUUUUUUGGUUGCAUUGAUAAUCUCCUUCUUGGAGUGAUGGCAUAUGACAGGUACGUGGCCAUCUGUCACCCUCUACACUACACCACCAUCAUGCGAGAAAACCUGUGUAUCUCUCUGGUGGCUGGGUCCUGGUUAUUCUCAUGUAGCAGUGCAAUGUCCCAUACGCUCAGCCUGGUCCGACUGUCUUUCUGUGCUGAUAAUACUAUUCCUCAUUUCUUUUGUGAUCUUGCUGCUCUACUCAAAUUAUCCUGCUCUGAUACCUCCAUCAAUGAACUGGUCAUCUUCACCGUGGGGGCACUGGGAAUCAUCAUACCAUUGGUAGGCAUCCUGGUCUCAUAUGUUCGUAUUGGCAUUUCUAUUCUGAGAGUUCCCUCUGCCAAAGGGAUCUGCAAAGCCUUGUCUACCUGCGGCUCCCACCUCUCUGUGGUAUUUCUAUUCUAUGGAACUAUUAUGGUACUGUACAUUUUCCCAUCAUCAAAUAACUCCAAUGACAAAGAUAUUAUUGCUUCAGUGAUGUAUACAGUGGUCACCCCCAUGCUAAAUCCCUUUAUCUACAGCCUGAGGAACAGAGACAUGAAAGGGGCAUUAGGGAGACUUUUAAGGAGGGACACUCUUUUCUCAAAGUGA